GACCUGAGGGGUCUGUAUGGUGACUGGGGGCAGGCCUCAGGAACUUGACAGCAGGGAUCUGGAAAAGCUUUAAUAACAUUACUUGUCAGGAUUGGGAAAUGCCCCCCUUCCCCCUCCCCCUCAUCUUAGAGACUGCUGCACAUCUGGUCAGGGUGGUCUUCAUGGUGACCCCAAGGUGGCAGGGGUCACACUGUUGUGAAACCGUCCCCUGGGUGUAUGGUGCCAGACCUGGACAUGCAGAUGGUGACUGGCAGGUUGUAGCAUGAGGUGGCUUUGGGACGAUUCCAGGCACAGUGAAUGGGCUGGAUCUGGGGGGUUCUGGGCAGGUCCAUCAAGUGGACACCCCCACAGACUGUCCUUUGGGGAUAGUUGGGCCUGGGAGCCCUGCUCGCCUUGCCAAAAGGCAGGUGCAGAGAGCCACGAAGAAGAGACCCUGGGGGCUCAGAGCCCCACUGCAUGUGCAGCCCAGGACAGACCUGGAGGAGGUGUCACCGCCUGCAGGACUCUCUGUUUAGUUCUGACAGUGGCUUCAGCAACUACCGCGGCAUCCUGAAUUGGUGUGUGGUGAUGCUGAUCUUAAGCAACGCACGGUUAUUUCUAGAGAACCUCAUCAAGUACGGCAUCCUGGUGGACCCCAUCCAGGUGGUGUCUCUGUUCUUGAAGGACCCUUACAGCUGGCCAGCCCUGUGCCUGGUCAUUGUGGCCAAUAUCUUUGCCGUGGCUGCGUUCCAGGUGGAGAAGCGCCUGGCCGUGGGAGCCCUGACGGAACAGGUGGGGCUGCUGCUGCACGGGGUCAACCUGGCCACCAUUCUCUGCUUCCCAGCGGCGGUGGCCUUCCUCCUUGAGUCCAUCACUCCAGUGGGCUCCGUGCUGGCCCUGAUGGUCUACACCAUCCUCUUCCUCAAGCUGUUCUCCUACCGGGACGUCAAUCUCUGGUGCCGAGAGCGCAGGGCUGGGGCCAAGGCCAAGGCUGCUUUGGCAGGUAAGAAGGCCAACGGGGGAGCUGCCCAGCGCACCGUGAGCUAUCCCGACAACCUGACCUACCGCGAUCUCUACUACUUCCUCUUCGCCCCCACCCUGUGCUACGAGCUCAACUUCCCCCGCUCCCCCCGCAUCCGAAAGCGCUUCCUGCUGCGGCGACUCCUGGAGAUGCUGUUCCUCACCCAGCUCCAGGUGGGGCUGAUCCAGCAGUGGAUGGUCCCAGCCAUCCAGAACUCCAUGAAGCCCUUCAAGGACAUGGACUACUCCCGCAUCGUGGAGCGCCUACUGAAACUGGCGGUCCCCAAUCACCUCAUCUGGCUCAUCUUCUUCUACUGGCUCUUCCACUCCUGCCUGAACGCCGUGGCCGAGCUCAUGCAGUUUGGAGACCGCGAGUUCUACCGGGACUGGUGGAACUCGGAGUCGAUCACCUACUUUUGGCAGAAUUGGAACAUCCCUGUUCACAAGUGGUGCCUCAGACACUUCUACAAGCCCAUGCUCCGGCGGGGCAGCAGCAAGUGGGCAGCCAGGACAGGGGUGUUCUUGGCCUCUGCCUUCUUCCAUGAGUACUUGGUGAGCAUCCCCCUGCGCAUGUUCCGCCUCUGGGCCUUCACCGGCAUGAUGGCACAGAUCCCGCUGGCCUGGAUAGUGGGCCGCUUCUUCCGUGGGAACUAUGGCAACGCAGCCGUGUGGCUGUCACUCAUCAUCGGGCAGCCAGUGGCCGUCCUCAUGUAUGUCCAUGACUACUACGUGCUCAACUACGAGGCCCCGACAGCCGGGGCCUGAGCCCCUCCAGGCUGGCGCCCUCAUGGGUGUUGAACUGCUUCGCCUUGCCGCCGGCGACUGGACUGGAGCCCAUCCCCACCUGGGCACAGUGGAGGGGGCCUGGCUGGUAGAAGCUGCCUUCUGGCCCCCACGAGGCCUCUCUGCCCCCCGAGGGCCUUCCUCCUGGCCAGGGGAUGGCAGGCCCGGCACAGCUCAGGCCCACGGGAGGUGCCCAUGUUCUGUAGAUCCCGCCCAAGGGUCUGAAUGUGUCAAUAAAGUGCUGUGCACAGUGA